UUCUCCCUCCUCUCCAAGUCGUUCGUCACGCAGAGGGCCGACCGCUCGCUCGUGAGCAAGCGAACACGCAAGCCCUCCCCCACCCGAAAACCAUACCGAAAAGGAAAAAAAAAAAGAAUUGGAAGAAGAAGGAAAAAAGAAAUAGAAACUCUCCAGCGCAUCACAGAGGAAGGUGGAAGCGGAGGAGCAGGGCGGGCGAGCAGGGGAGGGGAACGAACCCUAGUCAACAUUCGCCGCCCUCGCCCGGCUGGAUCUGGACGACGCCCCAGCCGACGACGAUCGCCUGGGUUUGCCUAGAUGCUGAGAUCCUGUAUCGCUAGAAUCCAAAUUCUUGAGAUGGGUAGGAAGUGGACAACAAGAGGAUGAAGUGGCCUGGGUUGGAACAUGAAAAGAAUCCAGCGGAGAAUGAUAUUCAGGUUGCACCACCUGAUUGAAAUUGUUGACUGCAGUAUCAAGCAAUGAUAACUCUGCUCUGCUGUAACUGCUCAUUUCCUGGUUCAUCUCUACUAAUCUUGUUGAUGUGUUUUUCAACAGAAGGGCAAUAGUAACUUACCUCCAGUGGGCGCUGUUAUCCUAGAAAUUUGUUACUGGUUCAAGUAGUUGAAAGAUUCAACCUAUAUGCAUUUACACAUGACAUGGGGUCUCGUGGUAGGAUGUUAUUUGACCUUAACGAACUCCCAGAAGAAGCAGCUGCUGUCGUGCCACAAGAAGCUGCCGUUGUCGUGCCACAAGAAGCUGCUGUUGUUGUGUCACAACCUCAGAAAUCCCUCCCUGCUCCAACAACGUAUGCCCCAACUCUGUUUCAGUCUGGGGAAGGAUCGCAGUCGCAGGGUAUAUUGAACAAUAAUGCCUUUAAGCAUGCAUCCUCUGGUUCUGGUUUUCAACCUUUUGUGAGGAACAAAGAUUCACAGAAUACCAAAGAGUCGAUGAAUGUGAAAGUUGAUCUGAAUUCUAGUAUAGCAUCUGCAUCCAUGGUAGCCAAUCAUAUCUCUGAUAAUGUUGUUCCAAGGGCUGAGCCUUGCACUCAGGUUUCACAAGCAGUUGAAAGAGAAGAAGGGGAGUGGUCUGAUGCAGAUGACAUUUCUGACAAUGCAGGGAGUAGUGUUAGCAACAAAGAUGAGUCAGCUGUUACUGCAAGUAAUCAUAUGAAAAAAGAAUCCCAAGAGAGUGAGCCCAGUCUUAUUAAAUCUGGUGAUGUGACUAAAGAUGAUACUGCUGCUGAGUCUACUGACACUGAAAUGGCUGAUGCAUCCAAAGAUCCAGUUCCUGGUUCCACAGGACCAGAGAACAUAAAAUUUUUGGAAUGUAAAGGAAAUCAACCAGGGGAUGAUUUAGACCCUUGCAACAGGUCAAAGGAUGUCAAAGGAGUGGAAGCCAAUUAUGCAUUGAGGUUUGCGAACAACCCAGCGAAGAGACCCAAGUUGGAUGAACACAAAGUGGCAAUGUUAGGUAAAAAACGAGCUAGGCAAACUGUUUUCAUCAACGUUGAGGAUGCAAAACAAGCUGGCACAAUGAAGACAUCAACACCCAGGCGACAGUCAUCCUUUCCAGCACCGAUUGUUACACGUACUGUGAAGGAAGCUUCUCGUGGCGCUGGUGAAAAAGCCGUAGAAAAACAAAGCCAGCAAGCAAUCAGGGAUCAGAGGCAAUCUGAAAUGAUGGGUUCGGAACGAAGCAAUUCUGCAGAUCCUAGUGACCAACAUGCUGAAUCCAAUGGUGAUGCUGAGUUGGGUGCCCAGGGCCGAUCAAAGAAAAUGAAUGCAGAAGAACCUUCCUCAGAUGGGUAUCAACAAUCUGUCCAAAGGCAAGCUUCAUUGAAGCAACCUGUUGAUUCCAAGCAACUAAAGGGCCGGCCAGUCUCUUCUCAGAGAGCAGUUGUAACAGGACAAAAUACUGCUGAGCAGAAACAAGCUAACAAAAGGUCUAUUAUUUCCAAAAAGCAAAAUUCUUCAAACAAUACACAGUAUCAGGACUCAUCUGUUGAGCGACUUAUAAGGGAGGUGACAAGUGACAAGUUCUGGCACAAUCCAGAGGAGGCAGAACUUCAGUGUGUUCCUGGAAGCUUUGAAUCUGCUGAGGAGUAUAUUAGAGUAUUUGAGCCUUUGCUUUUUGAGGAAUGCAGAGCACAGCUAUAUAGUUCAUAUGAGGAGAGUCUUGAGGCUGUGGCACGGGAUGCACAUGUAGCAGUGCGAGUGAAAACUGUGGAUAGACGUGAAAGAGGAUGGUAUGAUGUUGUUGUUCUACCAAUGCAUGAAUAUAAAUGGAAUUUCAAAGAAGGUGAUGUUGCGAUUCUGUCAUUCCCGCGGCCUGGUUCAGCUGCCCAAUCAGGCAGAUCUAAUAGGAAGACUGUUGGUUCAAAUGAAGAUGCUGAGGCAGAAUGUGGACGAAUUGUUGGUACUGUUAGGCGCCAUAUGCCUAUUGAUACACGCGAUCCUAUUGGAGCAAUUAUCCAUUUCUAUGUUGGAGAUUCGUUUGAUUCUAACAGCAGUGAGGCUAAUGUUCUGAGGAAACUCCAACCUCGAAGCACCUGGUAUCUAACUGGUCUGGGUUCUCUUGCAACAACACAAAGGGAAUAUGUUGCUUUGCAUGCGUUCCGCCGCCUUAAUGUGCAGAUGCAAAAUGCGAUACUUCAACCAAGUCCGGAGCAUUUCCCCAAGUAUGAAGAGCAGCCACCUGCUAUGCCUGACUGUUUCACUCCAAAUUUUGCUGAUCAUCUACAUCGUAGUUUCAAUGGGCCUCAACUGUCGGCAAUUCACUGGGCUGCAACACAUACAGCUGCUGGCACAAACAAUGGCGUGGUGAAGAAACAAGAACCCUGGCCUUUCACAUUAGUACAAGGUCCACCUGGGACAGGGAAAACUCAUACUGUAUGGGGGAUGCUAAAUGUUAUCCAUCUUGUUCAGUAUCAACAUUACUAUGCUGCUCUGCUCAAGAAGCUUGCUCCUGAAAGUUACAAGCAAGUUAGUGGUAGCACUAGUACCAGCUCAGAGACUGUUGCUGCAGGGUCAAUUGAUGAACUUUUGCAGAGCAUGGAUCAGAAUCUGUUUCGCACUCUUCCCAAGCUUUGCCCUAAGCCACGGAUGCUUGUGUGUGCCCCAUCCAAUGCUGCAACAGACGAGCUCCUUGCUCGUGUUCUUGACCGUGGUUUCAUAGAUGGUGAGAUGAAGGUCUAUCGCCCUGAUGUCGCCCGUGUUGGAGUUGAUUCACAGUCUCGUGCUGCCCAAGCUGUUUCAGUUGAGCGAAGGACGGAUCAGCUUUUAAUGAAGGGCCGUGAUGAAGUAAUUGGGUGGCUACAUCAGCUAAAAAUCCGUGAGCAGCAGUUAUCACAGGAGAUAGCAUAUCUACAAAGAGAACUCAAUAUGGUUGCAGCAGCUGGUAGAUCCCAGGGUUCGGUAGGGGUAGAUCCUGAUGUUCUUGCUCAAAGGGAUCGUAACCGUGAUAUUCUACUUCAGAAACUUGCUGCCUCAGUGGAAAGCAGGGAUAAAGUACUGGUGGAGAUGUCACGGCUGCUGAUAUUAGAAAGCAGGUUCCGUCCUGGCUGCAACUUCAAUAUGGAAGAUGCUAGGGCUAGUCUGGAAGCCAGUUUUGCCAAUGAAGCAGAAAUUGUCUUUACAACAGUGUCAAGCAGCGGCCGUAAGUUAUUUUCUCGCCUUACUCAUGGCUUUGAUAUGGUUGUAAUUGAUGAGGCUGCUCAGGCUAGUGAAGUAGGAGUUCUUCCUCCAUUGUCACUCGGUGCAGCUAGAUGUGUCUUGGUUGGUGAUCCACAGCAACUCCCUGCUACUGUUAUUAGCAAAGCAGCUGGAACUUUGCUUUACAGCAGGAGUCUUUUUGAGAGGUUUCAGCAAGCUGGUUGCCCUACCAUUUUGCUCUCUGUGCAAUAUAGGAUGCAUCCUCAGAUCCGUGAAUUUCCAUCAAGAUACUUCUAUCAAGGGCGACUUACAGAUAGUGAGAGUGUUGUCAAAUUACCUGAUGAAGCCUACUAUAAAGAUGCACUUAUGGCACCUUAUAUUUUUUAUGACAUGUCACAUGGUCGGGAGUCUCAUAGAGGUGGGUCAUCUUCAUACCAGAAUAUUCAUGAAGCGCAGUUUGCAUUGCGUUUGUACGAGCACCUUCAGAAGUUCCUGAGAGCUAAUGGCGCCAAGAAGGUAUCUGUGGGUAUAAUCACACCAUAUAAGUUGCAGCUGAAAUGUCUUCAACGGGAAUUCAAGGAGGUUAUGAAUACUGAGGAAGGGAAGGAUAUCUACAUAAAUACAGUUGAUGCUUUUCAAGGUCAGGAGCGAGAUGUAAUCAUUAUGUCAUGUGUCCGUGCCUCUAAUCAUGGUGUGGGUUUCGUUGCUGACAUACGUCGUAUGAAUGUAGCUCUAACUCGAGCUAGGAGAGCUCUGUGGGUUGUUGGUAAUGCCAAUGCUCUCACGCAGUCAGAGGACUGGGCGGCACUGAUAGCAGAUGCGAAGGCCAGGAAAUGUUUCAUGGACUUGGAUAGCAUUCCCAAGGACUUCCAACCCAUGAAGGUUCCUUCUAUUACUCCAGGCAGGAAUCCUUCAAACAACAUAAGGAACUUGAGGACUGGUGGACCAAGACCAAGACAUUCGGACAUGCUUCCAGAACCCAGACCUGGCAUGGGCAUGAGGGCUGAUGAGGAUGAGCGUCCCAAUUCUGUUCCAAGAAAUGGUAGUUACAGGAAUUUGGAUGAUUUUGGACGUCCUGGUGAUAGGCCCAGGGAUAAUCUGCAGUUUGGGAUUCCCAGGAGGCCAAAUUCAUCUAAUGGUAGGAGAGAAGUGUGAAGAGAAUGCAUUGUUAUCUACAGCUCCAAUACAGCAUGGAACAGCUUUGGGACAUGGAGGAAGGUGCUGUUGCCUGUUCAGAAGAUCACUUGCUUGUGCAUCAGAUUCCUUGCAUCCUGUGGUGGAAUGAGCAUAAUAAGACAUUGCUAU